AAUCUUACGUGUUGUCAGUUGUCACUUGAUGAGUGCACGCGAACUGCAUGCCGUCGUGGCUUGUUCGCUUGUUAGCCAUCGUCUCGUACGAGACGAUGGUAGUACGAGGACGUGAUACGUGCAGGUGCGAUCCCGGACGGUGCUGAUUCCUCCCUCCCCUUCCCCCUUGGGUUCUAUCGUCCUCGGUGAGGACGAAACGCGUCAAAUAUUAAUUGAAUGACGAGAAUCGAGAAUCUGUAGCAUCAUGCCUUCUAGAAGGAGCAAAGGCGGCCUUCUGGCCAGGGUGAAUUUUCCCCUGUAUACCGUGCAAAUGGUAACCGACAAGUACAUUCUGGUGGGAGGCGGAGGCGGUUCCUCCAAGACCGGAGUUGCUAAUGGAUUUGAAAUUUUUGAAUUGUCACACAAUGGAACACACUUUGUUGCCGAAGAAGUAACCAGGCACGAAACGGGUCCCAGUGUCGUCAUGAAUUGUGCUUCGCACAGGAGUGACAAUAAGACAUGGAUUGUUGCUGGUCAGGAGAGUCACUGUCAACUGUAUAAUGUAAAAUUUAAGUUGAUAACUUUGGAGAAUGGAGAAUUGAUCAAAGCGCCUACAGUACAUAAGGAUGAUCUUAGACACAGAAGAAACAGUGAAAAAGUUGAGGAAUCUCAAUCGCAAAGGGAGAAGAUAGAGGAAAUCAAAGACAACAAUUCCAAUGUUGAAAGCAAGAAAUCGCAGUUGAUCCUUGAACCUGCUGGCAGCAUUCAGACAACUUUCGGAGAUGGUGAACCUUUGCAGAGAGUUGUCAGAGUGAGCAUUCAAGGGAAGUGUAUGGCUACAGGUGGCACAGAUGGUACAGUUAGAUUAUGGAAAUUUCCACAACUAGACAAAUUAUACGAUCUUGGCACACAUGGGAAGGAAAUAGAUGAUAUAGAUUUCAGUCCUAAUGGUAACCUAUUGGUGAGCAUUGCUAAGGACGGAAAGGCCUUUGUGUGGAAUAUAGAGAGCAGAGAGAGCAGAGAGCUCAGUUGGAAGCCGCCGGACGGUGUCAAGUACAUGUACAAAAGAUGUAGAUUCAGGAAAUUGAUAAAGGACGAAGACGAGGAGAAGAAUGAUCUAUUUAUGCUCACUAAUGCCGUAGCAGCGAAGAAUCCUAGUUUCCUUCAAUUAUGGGACGCUAAUACUGGUGUAAUAAUCAAGUCUGCUCUCUACAAGGAGGCGCUAUCCGCUCUGGCUGUUUCUAACGAUGGUAAAUUCGUGGCCGUCGGCACGAUGUUCUCGGGCAGCGUCGACAUAUUCAUGGCGUUUAGCUUGAGAAAGGCGCUUCACGUUCCUGGAGCGCACAGCAUGUUUGUGACUGGUCUAGAAUUCCUUUCAAUGAACAGCGUCGCAAUUACCACUAACACAGAGACCGCGGUCGUCAGUAUCUCCGUGGACAACAGGAUCUGUAUGCACAGCAUACCAUUUAGACACAAGUAUAUCAAGGGAGUAUAUCAGCAUAAACUUUGGAUCGUCAUGCUGAUAAUCUUAUGCAUAUGCGGUAUGUUCUAUCUCGGUAUAUGACCUACGAAAUGCGCGACCAAAACGAUGAAGCAAGAUGUCAUUUUCUUCUAAUCAUCAUUUUAGAUCGAUUAUUGUUCGCGCGUAUAAAAGAUUAAAAAUAAAUAAAAGCCCGAAAUUUAACGCACGAUUCAUUCGUACGAGUACGUAAAACGGUGAGUGCUAAAAAAUUUUACGUAUACAAACGAAAUACAAAAAUAAAAACAGAUGUACGACGGCAUUUUGUCCAUACGAUAUCAUUAAUUGACGAAACACACCGAAUGCAUUGUGGAUACGCAGAGCAUUAGAAUAGGAAUAUUCUCGGAUGGUUGAGCAAUCAGGAUUGGCGUUCAAUUACUGAACAAUAAUUGUAUUCGUCAUUGUACAGAAGAUAGAUCUUCAGGAAGCUCGUCGCGCGAUUUAGAUAUAGACGUGACGUCAGUCGAGGUGCUACUGUGAUAAAUAAAUUACAAUAGAGAAUAGAGCUUAUAACAGAUUGGAGCCGCACUGAUUAGCACAUUGAUGUACAUAUAGAUUACAUUUUAUCAAUUUUUAAUUGCGCCAAGGCAAGGAUUUAUAUAAAUAGUGCGUCGCGUCGCGAUUGUCUCUUUUUCGUACAUGUACAUAUAAACAGCUUUAUUUAUAUGUAUAUUAUUAUAUAAUUCAAGAUUUCUUCACGUUUCGCGUAUUUGCUACGUGAAUGACCGAUUUCUUUUCUCUCUUUUAUAUCACGGAUGGAGACAUAAUAUGUAUUUAUAUAUCACUAAUUCUAUAUUCUUUCCUAGGUACUUGAUUGUAUUUUCUCUAUAAAAUACAUGACAUAUGUUAAAAAAAGGUAGUUGUAUCGCUCGAUGCUAAUAUGAGACAGUUAAGGAAUCUAUCAGAGUUCUGCUCCGAAUGACCAUCUUGGCUGCGUCGGCUGAAGUCGAAAAUAAUUUUAGAUAUCAGAAUUGACAUUUUAUAUGAUUCAUCUUAUACUCACUUAUACUCAGGAAUAAUAAAUAAUUUGGUGAAAG